GAUUCAGAUUAAUGGCACGGAUGCGCGAUGAGAUUCAGAUAUUCUCGCAAGGAAAAUCAUCAGGAUGCCGUUGAUUGACAGUUGGCGCUGAACUGGGUUCACUCUCCUCCCGCCAAAUCCCGUCCACCCGCUGCCGCCCAUCCGUAUCCCGAAACCCCAUCGCCUCCGCUCCCCUCCGCGCCAUCGUCGUAGGCUAGUAGCUCUCCCUGGUCGGCGGCGAUGGACGCCACCGGCCGCGGGGUUUUCCCCAACAAGCCCGCCCUCCCUGCCGGCCCCAAGAAGCGCCCCCCUCCGCACACGGUGCUCCUGCCGGCCACGCCGCCGCCGCCGCCGUCGCGCUCCUCGCUCCCGCUCGACUCGCUUCUCCUCCACCUCACCGCGGCCCCGCCGCCGCCGCAGCCGCCGGCCACGCGCCGGCCGCAUCCCACCCCGACCCCGCCGCACUCCUUCCUCUCCCCCGCCGCGCAGUCCCUCGUGGCCGCUAUCUCCUCGCAGCCGCUCCCCUCGCUCCCGGCUUUCCUCUCCUCCCGCCGUGACGAGCUGCUGCGCUCUGACCUCCCCUCCCUCCUCAAGGCGCUCGAGCUCUCUGGCCACUGGGAGUGGGCUCUCGCGCUCCUCCGCUGGGCCAGCGACGAGGGCGCCGCCGAUGCCGCGGCGCUCGAGAUGGUCGUCCGCGCGCUCGGCCGCGAGGGCCAGCACGACGUCGUCUGCGACCUGCUCGACGAAAUGCCGCUCCCGCCCGGAUCACGCCUGGACGUCCGCGCCUACACCACGGUGCUUCACGCGCUCUCCCGCGCGGGCCGGUACGAGCGCGCGCUCCAGCUGUUCGCCGAGCUCCGGCGCCAGGGGGUGGUGCCCACGAUCGUCACCUACAACGUCGUGCUCGACGUGUACGGCCGGAUGGGGCGCUCGUGGCCGCGUAUCGUCGCUCUACUGGAGGAGAUGCGUGCCGCCGGCGUCGAGCCCGACGACUUCACUGCCAGCACAGUGAUCGCGGCAUGCGGCCGUGAUGGCCUCCUUGAUCAGGCGGUCGCCUUCUUUGAGGACCUCAAGGCCCGUGGCCACGUCCCGUGCGUUGUCACAUACAAUGCACUCCUGCAAGUGUUUGGCAAGGCCGGGAACUACACUGAGGCGCUGCGGGUGCUCAAGGAAAUGGAGGAUAGUGGCUGCCAGCCGGAUGCCGUCACAUACAAUGAGCUCGCCGGGACAUAUGCCAGGGCUGGGUUCUUUGAGGAGGCUGCCAAGUGCCUUGACACAAUGACCAGCAAGGGAUUAUUGCCUAACACAUUCACGUACAAUACUGUCAUGACGGCAUACGCGAAUGUCGGUAGGGUGGAUGAAGCACUAGCUCUGUUUGAUCGAAUGAAGAAGAAUGGGUAUGUUCCGAAUGUGAACACCUACAAUCUUAUCUUUGGUAUGCUGGGGAAGAAAUCAAGGUUCACCGCGAUGCUGGAGAUGCUUGAGGAGAUGUCAAGGAGUGGAUGCACACCGAAUCGGGUCACCUGGAACACGAUGUUGGCCGUCUGUGGGAAGCGGGGUAUGGAGGACUAUGUCACCAGGGUACUCAACGGGAUGAAAUCUUGUGGGGUUGAGCUGAGCCGAGAUACCUACAACACACUGAUAUCUGCCUAUGGUCGAUGUGGUUCGAGGACCUAUGCUUUUAAGAUGUAUGAUGAAAUGAUCAGUUCUGGCUUCACCCCUUGCCUCACCACAUACAAUGCUUUGCUGAAUGUGCUGUCAAGACAAGGUGAUUGGUCCACUGCUCAGUCCAUAGUAAGCAAAAUGCUGAAGAAUGGUUUCAAGCCGAAUGAUCAGUCAUAUUCACUACUGCUCCAGUGCUAUGCAAAGGGUGGCAAUGCAGCUGGGAUAGAGUCUAUCGAGAAAGAAGUUUAUGUCGGUACAAUUUUUCCUAGUUGGGUUAUCUUGCGGACACUUGUGAUCGCAAACUUCAAGUGCCGUAGAUUAGAAGGGGUUGAGAAGGCAUUUCAAGAGGUAAAGGCACAGGGUUACAAGCCUGAUCUUGUCAUAUUCAACUCCAUGCUUGCAAUGUAUGCAAAGAAUGGAUUAUAUAGCAAGGCCACAGAGAUGUUCGAUUCAAUAAAGCAGAGUGGGCUGAGCCCUGAUCUAAUCACUUACAACAGCUUAAUGGACAUGUAUGCCAAGUCCAAUGAGUCUUGGGAAGCUGAGAAAAUACUUAAACAGCUCAAAAGUUCUCAGGUGAAGCCUGACGUUGUGUCAUAUAACACCGUCAUAAACGGAUUCUGCAAGCAAGGUCUGAUCAAAGAAGCUCAGAGGAUCCUAUCUGAGAUGAUUGCUGAUGGCAUGGCUCCAUGUGUUGUAACCUAUCACACACUAGUUGGAGGAUACGCCAGCCUGGAGAUGUUUAAUGAGGCAAGAGAGGUUGUCAACUACAUGAUUCACCACAACUUGAAGCCUAUGGAGCUGACAUACAGGAGAGUAGUCGACAGUUACUGCAAAGCCAAGCGGUAUGAUGAGGCCCGUGAGUUCCUGUCUGAAAUUUCAGAUACUGACCAAAAUUUUGAUCAGAAGUUGCAGCACAUGCUUGAAGCCCGUAUAAAGGAUGCUCAAUUUGGAAGAUAAGCUACUAUGCCAACGUGUAUCAUCUUAUGUCAUUUUUAUCUUUGUGUGCUCUUCAAGGAUAUGGAGUUUCCAAGUUUUGAUAGGGAAGUCAGUGUAGUAUUACUUGUGAAGAGCCUGCAUUUGCCAUGGGUGGCACGCUACUGCACCAAAUGGUGCCGCACAACGUCAAAUUAAAUGGAUUUUCCUCUCAUCUUCAACAGGUGUACAGUGUACUUCUGAAGUCACAUUCGCGGUGCCUAAGUACAGAAUCUGGUAGAUUGUCCGAUUGUUUUGAAGAGUCAAGAUUGAUUUGAUCUAGUGCAACUUAAUCGAUGGUGUUCUCUCCCUACAAUCUCCUGCUUUUCCAUGCAUCGUGUUUUGUUGGGCUGAAUCAGUUGUUCAACAUUGAGAUAGAUAAGUUACUUUGAAUCCACUGAUCUGUUUUGUUCAGAAAAGAAUCCACUGCAAUCUCAAAUAUUAUGUUUCCACUUAAAUGCACUGUAUUUUAUUCUCUAUCUAUUCCAAAGUCCAAACUGUUUUCGGAGCUAGUACCGUUAUCUUUUCAGGUUAACAAGCCAACUAUCCCACUAGGAGCUGGAGCUGGAGCUGCACUUGUAUCAGCCUUUGCUACUAUGACUGCAUUGCGUCACCGCAGAGCUUUGGCCGUAGAUAGUUAUUGGAUUGGAGCGUGGCUCUUUUUAUUACCAUUAUUCUGGGAACCACAUAUUCGAUCAAUGUAGAUGGAUGCAAAGACCACGGAUAGAAGAUCAGAUCCUGAUGAUAGUCCAGCAGUCCCGGUAGAAACAAAUUAGAGGUCUUGCAAUGCCACAAAUAUUGAAGGUUGGGAAAAGCCAAAGAUGAGGAAAAAACGUUCUGCUAUUAUGGCAGACAAACAUAUUCUAUCAUCCCUUCAUGUUUUAUUGUGUUGAUUCUCUGUUAACUCGGACCUUUAUUCUGCUUGAGUUUAUGUUAUGAACAACCUGACCUA